AUGGCUGUCACAGUGCAAGAGUGCCUGGAGCUCCAGCUGCUGGAAGUGGAAAUGCUCCUUUCAAUGUUUCCCAAAAAAGGUGAAAUAAAUCUGGAUGAGGAUGCUGUGCCCGGCGUGCAGCGCUACCUGAGAAAAGCUGAUGGAGCUUUGCCCCCACAGCUCGAAUAUUCAAUCGCUAUUGAUGUAGGGGAGACAAAGGUAAAAGUGGAAUUGCAGGUACUGCUGCCUCAUAUGUAUCCUCAGGUAGCUCCUCAGCUUUUUGCAAGAUCAGAUGCACUGCACAGACAGCAACAGUUGCGGCUCAACACGCAUCUCGCUUCUCAUGUCAGCUCUUUGGAUUCAGGUGAACUGUGUAUAUAUGAAGCUGUGCAAUGGGUGAAAGAAAACAGCCUGCCUUACUUGGAAGACUGUAAGGUCUCUUCUGAAAGUGCUUCAGAAGAAGUCGUAGUUAAAGAAACAUUGCAUCGCAUGUGGAUCUACAGCCAUCAUAUAUAUAGGCAGGAACUGAGGAAAAAGAUUUUUGACUGUGCAAAGAAGUUAAAUCUGACUGGCUUCUGCCUAACAGGGAAACCUGGUGUGAUCUGUGUGGAGGGACUCCGAGCAAGCUGUGAGGAGUUUUGGCAUGCUAUUAGGUAUCCCAACUGGAAGCAUAUUUCAUGCAAGCACGUGGAGAACAUAGAAACAGAGGGAAGCAUCGAUAAUCUUCGUCUCUUUCGUGCUUUUGAAGACCUACAGUUUCAAGCACAUGGUGAUUAUGGCCUGAGGAAUGACUAUCACAUGGAUCUUGGCCAGUUCCUAGAAUUCCUGAAACAACAUCAAAGUGGACAUAUUUUUCAGAUUUUAUUUGGUGUCGAAGGCAAACUUUCAGACAAAUAA